UGAAGAAAUGCCACUCCAAACUGCGACUGGAACUCUCUCCAUCUCGCUCGCUCGCUCUCCAUCCUUUUGAGAUUUAACGAUCAAUCUGAAAACUUUGGGAGCACUCGGAGAAUAACCAUCUUCUCUGGAAUCUGCAAAUACAUCAUCUGGGUUCAUUCAGUUUGCUCCCUGACAAGUCCAGCUACAGCUAUGGCGGAAACGAACUUUCUGCCGGAGGAUGAUUUCAGAUUGGAGACUACUCGAUCCAGAUUUUCGAACGUCCUCAAAAAGCAUGCGGAAUUAUCUGAGCGCCUUUCCAGUUGCAGGGACUCUGACAAAUCUGUUUUUGAGCGUCUACAGAAAGAAUUUGAAGCUGCACGUGCUUCCCAAAGUCAAGAGAUUCACUUGGAUGGUGAAGAAUGGAAUGAUGGCCUCUUAGCCACCAUAAGAGAGCGGGUUCACAUGGAGGCAGACAGGAAGUCUAUGGCAGGGGACACAACUUUCUCUUCAGGCACUCAUAUUCAGGAAAAAAUUACUUAUAAAGUCGGAAACAAGGUGAUUUGUUGUUUGGAAGGCGCAAGAAUUGGCAUACAGUAUGAAACUUUUUUUGCUGGAGAGCCAUGUGAAUUAUACCACAUCGUUCUUGAGAGUAAAUCGUUUCUUGAAAAAAUGACUGUCCUGGAACAUACAAUUCCAUUCUUUAUACCAGUACGUGAUGCGGAAAAUGAUCUCCUUUUUUCAAAUGCAAUGAAAUUUAUAGACCGUGUUGGAGAACUUCUGCAGGCUUACGUGGAUAGACGUGAACAGGUCCGCCUUAUUAAAGAAUUGUAUGGAAACCAAAUUGGAGAACUGUAUCACAGUCUUCCAUUCAACAUGGUCGAAUUUGUACUUGAUGAUUUUGAGUGCAAGGUGACAGUGACUCUGAGGUAUGAAGACCUCAUUUGUGUACUCCCAACUCGUAUAAGAGUCCUGGCGUGGCCAAGGAAAAACUGUACCAGUCCAGUCUCCAUGAACCGAAGGGGAAAUGGAGUUUCUGGAAGUCACCCUAAUCCAGCUCGCCUUUCUUAUGCAGAGGAGGCCUUGCGAAGUAUGAGCUUGCCAGAAGCAUUUGCAGAAAUUGUGUUAAAUUUGCCACAAGCUCUCCAGCAAUUAUACCAAAAUGCACCUCCUAGAAACUUGGAUUCAACAAGGGUCUAAACUGUACAAUGUAACAGCAAUAUCUGAGGUUGUAUGGCCUGACAGGAGCUUCAAAGAUAAGGAGUCAAGGGGAUUGAACUUUUAAAAAUUCAUGCCGUAUUAUUAGCAAAACGCCCAAAGUGCCAGACUAUCUCGUUUACAUGAAUCAUUUGUACUGCUGAUACCUUGUCCUAAGUAGUAUAAGGACUUCUUAAGUCUGGACUCAAUAUCGUUUUCCAUGUUUUUCUCAGAGGAUGCUGAAUUGAGACCUAUUAAGAAUGGGAGACAUGAAAGAAUAAGCUGUGGAUGUAUUGUGAUUUGAAGUUCUCAUUGUUCCUAGUUCUUAACUGUAAUUACGAAGCUCAAAGGUGGAGUCAAAGGUGAGGCUUGAAGAAACUAUCAACAUUUCAGCGGCGCAGUGCUCCGAAUUGUUUCCUUAAAAUCCCAUAGAUUUUGUAUCAACAGUCUUAGUAGUUCGCAGAGAGCCCUCAAAGAUUCGGUCAAUGUCCGCCAAAGAGGGUGGACUGACUUGAAUUGGUCUAUAUUUGAAAUUGCAAAUCCCUUUGGAUUGUC